AUGGUUUGGAAUGAGGCAGCAAUUGCGAAGUAUGUAUGGAAUAUUGCAAAUAAAGCAGAUAAUUUGUGGGUUAAAUGGGUUAAUCAUGUCUAUCUGAAAGGGGAAGAUUGGUGGAAUUACAGGCCUUCACAUGAUAGUUGCUGGUAUUGGAAGAAAAUUUGUAAUGUUAAGAACAAAUUUGCUGAUGGAUUCAGGGGAAAUAGGUGGCUGAGGCCUAUUGGUAUAUAUACGAUCAAGAGUGGCUAUCAAUGGAAGCAAAAUGAAGGCCAACAAAGGGACUGGUGGAGGGCAGUGUGGAACCGUACAAAUGUCCCAAAACACAGUUUUAUCUUCUGGUUAGCAAUCCGAUGCAGACUACUGACUAGAGAGAGACUGGUGCAAAUGGGCAUUGGACAAGAUAUAACAUGCCCACUGUGUGGUUCUUAUCCGGAAACUAAUGCUCACCUAUUUUUUGAGUGUGAAUUUUCCAAAGCCUGUUUGGAAGACAUUUUGAAUUAG